AUGCGGAUUGAGGACUGCAGCUUUUGUGGCCGUCCGGCCUACCCUUCCAAGGGUAUUACCUUUGUCAGAAACGAUGGCAAAUCAUUCAGAUUCUGCAGAUCAAAAUGCAACCGCAACUACAAGAUGAAGCGCAACCCCCGCAAGCUCAAGUGGACAAAGGCCUACCGCCGCAACGCCGGCAAGGAGAUGACGGUCGACAGCACCCUGCAGUUCGCCCAGCGCCGCAACGAGCCCGUCCGCUACGACCGCGACCUGGCCACCAAGACCAUGGCCGCCAUCAAGCGCGUCAGCGAGAUCCGCGCCCGCCGCGAGCGCGUCUUCUACAAGAAGCGCAUGGCCGGCAAGCGCGAGAAGGAGCUGGCCAUUGCCCGCAAGCUGGUCGCCGAGAACGAGCACUUGCUGCCCCGCCUCCGCGGAAGCGAGAAGAAGAGGCUGGCCGAGCUGGCGGCCCAGGGUGCCGAUGUUGCUGCCGAGGAGGAGCUGCUGUCUACACGCAAGAACAAGAUCAAGGCGUUUGGUGGCGAGCAGAGGAGGAUCAAGGUCCGGGUGGACGGAGGCGUGGAGGAAGAGGUGGAGACUUUCCGGGACGAGGAAGAGGACGACGACGACGACGACGAUGUCGACAUGGAGGACUGA